GCUGCUUUCAACUUUCUCUUCGUAGCAUGAGUCAGAGAAAAAGGGGAACGAGGAAAAGGAAAAACGAGGAUGCCUCCGCAGGAGAAAAGGAGGGCGAGGACACUGAGGAAAGAGGAGACAGGAGGAAGAACCGCGCAACAAAGAAGUACAUUGGAGCUCAUGUUGGCAUUCAAGGUGGGAUAUGGAAAGCCGUGGAGUCCUGUAUGGAGAUGGGUGGCAGCAGUUUCGCCCUGUUCCUGGGGUCCCAGCGAUCGUGGAAGAGGCCUGCAUUGGACCAUACAGCUGCAGCAAAGUUUCAGGAGCUGUGUUCCCAACAGGGGUUUGACCCAGCUCAUAUCUUGCCUCAUGGCUCCUACCUGAUGAACUGUGGAUCUCCUAAAGAGGAUGUGUUUGAAAAGAGCCAGGCCCUGCUGGUGGACGAGCUCAGCCGCUGCAACCUGCUGGGUCUCAGCCUCUAUAACUUCCACCCCGGCUCCUCCCUGGGUACCAUCACCACUGAGCAGUGUGUGGACAAGAUUGCGAGCGCCAUCAAUUAUGCUCACCAGGAAACCCCAUCAGUGGUUACAGUGUUGGAGAACAUGAGUGGCCAAGGCAGUACGGUGGGUGGCAAGUUUUGUGAGCUAAAGAGCAUCAUAGACAGAGUGAGAGACCAGACCAGGGUAGGAGUAUGUCUGGAUACCUGCCAUGCAUUUGCAGCAGGAUACGACCUCGCUGCAGAGGGAGGUGUGAAGGCCAUGCUGGAUGAGUUUGACCAAGAAGUGGGGCUCCAAUACCUCAAGGCCAUUCAUCUUAAUGACUCCAAAGGUAAACUUGGCUGUAACCUGGAUCGGCAUGAAGAUAUCGGUAAAGGUCACAUUGGAAUCUCUGCAUUUCGAGAAAUUGUCAAUGAGCCCAGACUGGACAACAUCCCUCUGAUCCUGGAGACACCCGGACGGCCUGGAUUUGAAUACACUGAGCAGAUUGACCUUCUCUAUUCCCUGUGUGAGAAAAAGUGAGAAAAGCACUACUGAUGAGUCGACACUGAUAAACUGAACUGUGCAAACGCACUGUUAGCCGUGAAGAGAAGUGUUGUUUUUGUUUUUUGUCUAGUACCAAAGUGGAGGAGUGACCUAUUGUGAUAUCUCUAAACACGGUCAUAUUAUUAGUCGUUCACCACAUGAACAGUUUCUCCAAAUUACAAACCUCAUCUUUGAAUACGAGUUUAAUAAAGGUGAUUUUGGAAGUUUUUA